AGAAAUAUUAGGUCACCAUUUACGUAGUUCGUUUAGUAUCAGGUCAGACGAUGAGGAUAAGUUCGAGGGCUGAAAGGUUGAAGAUCGGCUUUCUAUCACCAGUCUUCGCCACGUAUCUUCCUCUCCUACACGUGCUGCUCUCUUCUCUUCUCUUUCACUCUCCUGGAUUUCAAUAAUCGGUUAAUACAUCGACGAAGGAGCAAUUAUGCAGGAGCCGACAUUGCAAUGGAUCGGGCAGAUAGCGAAAUCGAAGGGGAGCCAGAGGGCAUGGGGAAGUCAAGCUGGUCCGCCGUCGUCCUGCGCCGUAGUUGGUGGAUCGGAAAGAGGGUUACCAUCGCUGGAGCUGCAAUAACAUCCGCGCCUGUCAUAAUCCCUCCCCUUUUCGUAUUAUCAACACUAGGUCUCGCCUUCUCCUUUCCUUUCGGAAUCUAUUUGGCCGGAUACAUGUGUACUGGCAAAAUCAUGAGCGUCCUACUCCCUCAGCCUUCUUUGAAGGAGGUCGACAAAGAGUCGCUGGAGUCGGAGGAUUUGAUAGAGACAGGGUUUGAUGCUGACCAAUUAGAUGAAAUGAUUUUGGAUGAGGAAAAAUGGGAGAACACAGGGAUCUUUGAAGGUGAAAGGCAAGAAGGCUUCUUAUCGGAAUUUGGGAACCGGAAUGGAGUAGAGAGACCGGCCGUUGAAUUAGGCGUUGAAGGCGAAGUGGAAGAAGUGAAAACUGGGAAUGGGAUUGUAGAGGUGGACGAGAUGGGAAAGAUUGUGGAGCUUGGUAAUGAUACAGCUGCUGUGGAGAAGCUAAGAAGCAACGAUUUCGACUAUUUCGCAGAGGUCAGAAAAGAAGUGCAACUGGGCGAAAAAGUAAGAGAGCAAGUAACUGCUCCUGAGAGCAGUGGAUCUCCAAAAAGUCCUUAUACUGUGGCUGUCAUGGCGUCGAAUGAAGAGAGUAAUAAUAAAGGGUAUGAACCCCCAAACUUGAGCUCGGAACAUGUUUCUAUAGUUGAGCUUAGGGGAGAAGGAAAAACUAAUGAUACUUUAGUGACAAAAGAACUAAGGGAAGACGGUGGAGAAGAGGAAAAGAUACUAAGGGUAACUAAUAGUGUUGUGGCUAAAGACAAAAAGUUAUUGGAGGAAUGCAGGACUGAGGUUCCCAGAUUAAAAUCUGACUAUGAAUUGUCUGCCGUAAUUGUUCCCUCGAAAGAUGAAGAUUUUGAAAAUUUCGACAAAGUUGACUCCAUGGAGCGCAGAAGUCUUGGAAGACCAGUGCCUGCUGCUCUAGUUGAGGUUGGUGUGACUGGUUUGCAUUCUCACGAUGACAUCAGUAGUUUACAGAGAACAAACAACGAGGAACAACACUGGGAUCAAAUUUUCUCAUUGAGAGCUAUUGUGGGUUACAAUGAAACACUGCAGCCUUCCCUUAGGGAGGAAGUCAUGGCGCUCUAUCUAUAUAUUGGAGUGGAACCACCUGUCUCUCUUAAGCACGCUACUGAUAUUGCAGAAAUUAACAAGAACCUUCAGUUCUUGAAAUCUGUUGUUGGAGUCAAGUGAAUUGAAUACUGCAAAAGCUAAAAUUGUUGAACAAGGAGCAUUUUUUUUUUUUUUUUUUUUUUGUUAAUUAUAUUUGUGAUUCUAAGUUCUUGGCAACAAAUCUCUACAUCAGUUGGUCUAUUUAUUUUGUGUAUGUUCAAUCAUUCCGACGUCCUCUCACGGCUUACUAUCAAUAUAUUCCCUAUCCGCAUUAAGAACCUGGCAAUUGGUUUAUUUAAUGCUUAUCAAUA